GCGCUGACGUUGUCCAGCUGCCGCGGGAGGCCGCGCAGGCGGGCGCACAAGAUGGCGGCGGCUGGCGCACUCAAAGCCCCCAUCAGGAUUGGGACGAGGCUCUGUAGAAACCUUAAGAGAACUGAGUGGUGAGGGAGGACAACAGGGCAAGACACUACACACAAGGAGUUUGCAGGUCAGAAUGUCAUGGACAGAAAAUAGUUUGGAUAACAUGUUUCUCUAGUAUUUCUCCAGUAUUUCAGUAUUAAUAAUGGAUAAGUGUAAGCACAUAGGGCGACUGCGGCUAGCCCAAGACCAUUCCAUCCUGAACCCUCAAAAAUGGCAUUGCGUGGACUGCAAUACUACAGAAUCUGUCUGGGCGUGCCUUAGCUGUUCGCAUGUUGCAUGUGGAAGAUACAUUGAAGAGCAUGCACUAAAGCACUUUCAGGAAAGUAGUCAUCCAGUGGCAUUGGAAGUGAAUGAGCUGUAUGUUUUCUGUUACCUUUGUGAUGACUAUGUUCUUAAUGAUAAUGCAACUGGUGACUUAAAACUAUUGCGAAGUACAUUAAGUGCAAUCAAGAGUCAAAACUAUGACUGCACUACCCGUAGCGGCAGGACUUUGCGAUCUAUGGGUACGAGUGAUGACUCUUACCUUUCACAUGGUGGUGCCCAAGCCUUGCUUCGAAAUGAAGACCGCAUGUUCACGGCUCUGUGGCACAGAAGGCGUGCAUUAAUGAGCAAAGUGUUCAGAUCAUGGUUUGAGCUAACACCUAGUGGGAAAAGGGUUUUGGAAGAAGAGAGGCGCCAGGAGGAGGCAGAGGAAAGAAGGGACAAAGCUAGGAAAAGAAGACAAGAGCGAAAGCGUCAGUUGAAAGUGGAAAUGGAAAAAAUGCCUCCAAGGAAGAGUUCUCGUUUACAAAAUCAAAAUAAAAUAUCCUCAAAAGUAUCACCCUGUGUACAAAAAUUACCACAAAAUUUGUCCUCUCCUGCAGAGCUGAAAGUAACUUCUACCUCAGAUGACGUAAGAUUGAAAAAAAUUGGUGAUUCUCCAAUUAAGCGAAGGCCUACAGUGACUCCUGGUGUAACCGGACUGAGAAAUUUGGGAAAUACAUGCUAUAUGAACUCUAUUCUGCAAGUAUUGAGUCAUUUGCUUAUUUUUCGGGAAUGUUUUUUAAAGCUUGAUCUGAACCAAACUCAAGAGUUGCUGGCAACAGCAGCCAAUGAAAAAACAAGAUCCUCUACUAAGCACCCUCCAAUUACUGGUUCUGCAUUUUGUGUGAAUGAGAACCAAGUGAAGGUAAAAGGAUCGUCUUCUAUGAGACGACCUAGUUUAUCAUCUGGACUAAGUGGAGGGGCAUCAAAAAGUAGAAAUAUGGAGCUUAUUCAGCCCAGAGAGCCAAGCUCAAAGCACAUUUCUCUGUGUCAUGAGCUACAUACUCUGUUCCAAGUUAUGUGGUCUGGCAAGUGGGCAUUGGUGUCUCCUUUUGCCAUGCUCCAUUCUGUGUGGAGACUAAUCCCAGCCUUCCGAGGUUAUGCCCAACAAGAUGCUCAGGAAUUCCUCUGUGAACUUUUGGAUAAAGUACAGCAGGAACUGGAGACAACUGGGACCAGAUACCCAGCUCUCAUCCCCACUUCUCAGAGGAAACUUAUCAAACAGGUUCUGAAUGUGGUCAAUACCAUUUUUCAUGGACAGCUUUUAAGUCAGGUUACAUGUCUUGCGUGUGACAAUAAAUCAAAUACUAUAGAAUCGUUCUGGGAUCUGUCGCUGGAAUUUCCUGAGAGGUAUCAUUGCAAUGGGAAGGAGAUGGCUUCUCAGUUUCCAUGCCUGCUGACAGAAAUGUUGGCCAAGUUUACAGAGACGGAAGCUUUAGAAGGAAAGAUAUAUGCGUGUGAUCAGUGCAACACAAAACGUAGGAAAUUUUCUUCCAAACCAGUUAUACUUACAGAAGCCCAGAAACAGCUUAUGGUGUGUCGACUACCUCAGGUUCUGAGACUACACCUUAAACGGUUCAGGUGGUCAGGACGCAAUCAUCGUGAGAAGAUUGGAGUACACGUUAGCUUUGAUCAGAUAUUAAAUAUGGAGCCUUAUUGCUGCCGGGAGUCCCUAAAGUCCCUCUUACCUGAUUGCUUUAUCUAUGACUUGUCUGCUGUGAUUAUGCAUCAUGGGAAAGGAUUUGGUUCAGGCCACUACACUGCCUACUGCUAUAAUUCAGAAGGAGGAUUCUGGGCACACUGCAAUGAUUCCAUACUCAACAUGUGCACUAUGGAAGAAGUAUGCAAGGCUCAAGCCUACAUCUUGUUUUACAGCCAGCGAGUUACUCAGGCAAACAGACACUGUCGAAUAUCAUUUCCUAGCUCACCAUCUGAAAACCAGCAGUGUACUGAAUUUGUUGACUGUUCAAGUGAAAACAGUAGCAGCUAAUCCAAAGCCAAUUUAUUGUGUACAGUAGAAGUUUGACUUGUCAACGUAUGCGUAUUUUUAAAGAGAAAAUGCAAGUACAAAUUGUAUUUUUUUACUUGUGAAUCAGUGUACAUUACGUUUAUACACUUUUGUAUUAGCUAAAGUAAGCACUCUUAAGUGUUAGUAUAAAUUUAUAUUGAUAGUAGGUAACUUUCAAAGUACCUAGAAUUGCUUUACAACUUUUUAAAAAAAAAUUCCCUUUGAAUUUUUAACUCUUACCUCAGGCUGUUUUUCAGCUCUGUUUUUAUAUUUUGAUAAUCUGAUUUGGUUUAGAAAAAAAUAUUCUCAAUGGACAGCUGAUGUCUGUAUAUUUUUUGUUAACUUUCUACAUGUGUACAUUUUUAUAGUAUAAUUUUAUAGCAUAUAUUGAUUUGGUCUGUGGGAAUCAGUCAUAUUCUUCACAGAAUAUGAAGGUGCACUAACAAAGAAAGCAUCUAUUAAAUGUCAAGUAAUAACAGAACUUUUCUUCAUUGGGGUAGGGAUUUUUUUUCCUGGAUGUCCUUCAAGUGAUAGAUAAGAAGCUAGGCUCAGAUCUACAAAACUGCUACUGAACCUUGUAGAUGCCCAUGUUUCAGCCUUUGAACAUGCGCACAGGUGUGUCCAUCUGCUGCCUAAGCCCCUGUGCAAUUCACAAACUAAGACUGAGGGGCAUUUGGCUGCCUAAAUCGCAUGGUCAGAGGCCACCUAUCAGAUUCAAAAAUGGGGGAAGGAAGGUGGUAGUGCCCACCUUACAACUUGUAACCUAGGGGUUAGAGCACUUUUGAGAUGGGAGAGCCCCAGGCUCAGUCCUCCAUUCUGCCUGAGGAGAAGGGAUGUGAACAGGGAGUUUCCUACCUUACGCCUGCUCUAACCACAGAGCUGUGGGAUUAUGUGAUGGAGCCGCUCCCUCAUUCUCUCCUGUUAUUGUUCCACUAUGUGUAAAUAAGGAAAGAAUGACUGGAGCAGGGGGGCUGGACCCUGUCCCCCAGCUCAGUGCCUUAACUCCUGGUCUACAGACUCAUUCCCAUUCUCACUGGCUGAUCUGGCCAAUGAUUGUUCCACUGUGGAUAAAUAUUGGCAGAGAGGGAGAGAAUUGAACUUGGGUUGUUCACAUCCCAGACAAAUGCCCUAACCACCUAAAACUUUAAGGUAGCUACCACUACCAGUAGCUGUUUUGUGGGGAGUGAGGCAGACACCUAACUCAUUUUCCUCAAGAAGUUGCUUAGGCACCUAAGCCAGCUGCCUCCAGGCGGCAAGUUCCCUUUUGUGGAUUGCAAAGCAGUGCCUAUCUCUAAGAGCAGAGGGGCUUAGUAAACACCCAUCUGGUCAGCAACUCCCAGGGGCUAACUCCCUAUAGACCAUGCUGGCUUUUGUGGAUCUGUGUUAUGAUUUUCUAGGUACCUAACCAUUAGGUAUUGUAAUGCUUAGCAUUGCCACAGCCAAGUGCCUUGGUGGCUCCCACCCUUAGUCACUAUUUUCCCCCAGUGGUGCCUAUGGAACUAUACUGAAAGGAAAAAAAGAUUAUAGUGUUUUGUGAAGUGUCCAGAGGAAAACAAUAGCAUAUGUGCUUAGUUACAUGCCAGUGUAUUAGUGAUAGAAAAAUUUAAUAGAGCAGAAAUGAUGGCUAGGAGAUAAAACAUGAAGGUUACCUAUUUUACAUCCACCCUUUUACAACUGAGAUGCUAAACGUAAAGUGUUAAUUGGGUUGCUAAACUAUGGGGGAAAUUCUUUAGCUACCAAAAAGAUUUCUUGCCAAACCGUGUACAAAGACACUGGAAAAAGUGAGCUUAGUUCCUUGGAAAGGUAGCAUUCCUUCAGUAAUCCCUAGCACACAUGAAUAAAGCACCAUAGUUAGCUGAGCAAAACAUGUUGCAUAAAAACACAACUGGAGAAUAUUUAAAUUUGGAUGUGCUGUAGGAGCUACACCUGCCAUACUUACUCCUCCAUUAUUUCUAAACUAGUAUUAACAGAAUUCACCUCUUCCUCAUUGCCUAAAAAACUGAACGUUUCCCCACCAAUUGUAGCUAAUGCCAAAAUUGUAACGAUUAAUUUAAGUUGGUGUGAAGUGUUUUUUUCAUAAAAACGUAUGCAGAUUACCUCAGCUCUUGGAAAAUUAUACCUCAAUAAAACACUGUGUGGACUAACAUUCUUUACUAGGGUUAGUUCCUUAUAUCCUUGAUUGAUAUUAUAACACGUUGCUAUUAUAAAAUAGUUCUUUAUCUUCAAAAACCAUACAAAACAUGUAGAAAGUUACUCUUUAUUAGAAUAUCUUGAGUAUGAAUCUAUAGAUUAGGCCUUAGUGCAAUAUUUCAUGUUUUUUCACUCUAUAGUCCCUUAUCUGGAAACAGUUACAUAAGAAUGGCCGUACUGGGUCAGACCAAAGGUCCUUCUAGCCCAGUAUCCUGUCUUACAACAGUGGCCAAUGCCAGGUGCCCCAUAGGGAGUGAACCU